UAGUGCAUCCACCGCGCAAUUGCUAUCAGGUGUUCGGUUCGUUAGUUCAGUUUGGUCUAAUAUUUUGCCAUAUAUCGUAAUAAAUUGUAUAGAUAGUUACCAUGCGGCAAAACGCGAUAAUUAGUUGUCUAUUGCUGUUAUUCCACAAUGUGUGCUGCAACCAUGAUGACUGGGUUGAGUCAAACGCUUGGGCGACAGACCAAUUCAAUCACCGUUGGACGGAGUCCUGCCAAUGCCCGCCUCAAAUGUCUACAGAAAUAGCAGUCAUAGAGGAUAAACUGGCUUUAAUGUAUUUCAAAAAGUUUGUUAAUACCUUAUUCAAUCCUAAUGAAAUGAAGUAUAGCAGAAAGUCGAGGCUAUUUAUGCGAUCGCUGUUAUUUACAUUGCGGCAAUCGCAGAUUGAUGAGCUUAAAGCGGUGCAAGAUGUGCGUGAUCUGGAUAUUCUGCUCACCACAAUACUGGACGAAGCUACAGAAGUGCCUUUAUUCUUGGAUUAUAAUGACUAUAUUGCGCUUAUUAUCGACAAAUUCAAGGAUUUUGUUCAGUUUCUCAAAAUACGAGAGGUGAGAUUCGUGGCGAUAGUGCUUCUGGUAAUUGUUUUCGGAUGGUCUGUGAAAAAACAAUAUGGAUAUUCCACUCUAGGCAUUAUUGCAAGCGGUGUUUUUCUGUUUGGCUACUUCCGUACUUAUUUAGAGUGCAAUAGGGAGGCCAAGAAUAAUUAUGAAAAACAAUGGUUUUCAAAAAUAUUUAUAAUCUUAAAAGUAAACGAAUUGCCUCACUGUCAACCCGAUCACGUAUUUAUUAUGUAUAUAAACGAUUUAUUCCUCAAACAAGUCGAUAUGAUAAUAGAAAAGACAUCACAAAGCAUUAUAACUUUGCAUGGUAAAUUAUUAGUAAUCGCCACUGUUGGCUUAUUGCUAUAUCUAGCCUGCAAGUACCUAUUAAGUCUUCGAGCAUGGAUGUCACUGAAAAAUAGAAGAUCGUCUGCACCUGCCGCAAAAACGCAACCAUCAGUAGACGAUCGUUUGUCACAGUCUGAAAAUAAUCGAAAUUCCGAUCCAGUUUCAAACGGAAAUCCCAAUCACAGUAAUUCAUCAGUAGAUAUUGCUAAGGAAGCUGGAUUUACGGUUGUGAAUGAUACUGACAAUGAUGUAAAAAUGUUAUGUAUUUUAAUUUUGAUGUUUAUGAUAAUUUAUUAUAUUUUAUUAUCAAUCGGCUAAAAGUCUGUUAGUAAUAUUUAAUCAAGUUUUUCUUGAUAU